CGCUAAUCGCGGCCGUAGCUUGUCAAUGUGUUCCACAGGCAAAUGGACUUAAAUAAUGUAUACUUGGAUCUUUCUAUUAGACCAUAGCGUAUUUCUCAUUCAAGUACUCACCAAAGCUUAGAAAUUUCAGACAAGAACGUACUAGGUUCAAAAUGGUGUUCAAAUCGCCUCCGUGGGUGCCACAAGGCCUUUUUGAAAUCCCGGAAACACUUCCCGUAGGCGAGUUCGCGCUUAUUGGCCGCCCACAGCCAUCGACAGACCUUGCCCCGAGGCCGGUGGUCACCUGUGGGCUCUCCGACAAGUCCUAUACACGCAAUGAAGUCAAGCAGAGGGUUGACCUGCUGUCUAGAAGUCUCUGCAAGGAGCUGGGCUGGUCCUCCAAUGUUGGUUCGCCUUCGGACAAAGUGGUCGCUAUCUUCAGUCUGAACACGAUCGAGUAUAUGAUACUAUGUUGGGCUGUCCAUCGCGUCAAUGGGAUUUGCUUACCGUUGCACUCAUCAAGUUCUGUCGCAGAGAUUACCCAUCACAUGAAACUCGCUCGCUGCAGCACAAUCUUUACUUGCUGGCCCUUGCUGUCGACAUGUUUGCAGGCUGCGGACCAACUAGCCUUGGACAGGCACAAAAUCUAUCUCAUAGACCUUCCCCACCCCUUUUUGCCUGACGACAACAUCAGCAGCAACUACCGAUUUUUGAAUCAACUGGUCGAGGCUGGAAGAUUUCUCGAUCCUGUGGAAAGCCUCUCCUGGGAGCCUGGUCAAGGGACAAAACAAAUCGCCUACCUGUGCUCUACAAGUGGGACUGCUGGCAAGCAGAAACUAGCCAAGAUCACGCACUUCAAUGUCAUUGCCAACGUUUUGCAAGCUACUAUAUAUGAAGAUGUAACGAAAAAGGGGCGGAGCGAAACUGCGACUGGAGUCUUGCCCAUGAGCCAUGCAUAUGGGCUGGAAGUCGCGCAUAUAAUGCUCUGGCGCAAUGACAGGCUGAUCGUGCAUCCACAGUUUGAUAUGCAAGCUAUGAUUGUAGCGAUCUCGAAAUACCAUAUACAGAGACUUUAUCUGGUCCCUCCAAUCAUAGUAGCCUUAAUCAGCCACAGUGCCUUAUUGAAGAAGCACGACAUCUCCUCCGUGACAACAGUUGUUAGUGGGGCCGCUCCUUUGAAUGAAAAAGUGGCAAGGCAGUUGCAAGAGUUAUGCCCAAGCUGGGAAAUCAUUCAGGCAUAUGGUUUAACGGAGACUUCGAUAAUAGCGACACUGACCAGUCCUUAUGACGUAUAUCUUGGCUCUUCUGGUUGUUUACUCCCCCAUGUUCAGGCUCGCCUGGAAGGUCCGGAUGGGUCAGACAUCGACAACUACGACCAACCUGGGGAGGUGCUCAUCGCCUCACCGAGUGUUUUCGUGGGCUACCUGGGAGAUACCGAAGCCCAUGAUCAUACAUUUGAUCCCGAAGGUUGGUUGCGAACUGGAGACAUUGGUGUCAUCAAAACAAGUCCCAAGGGCUCAGAACACCUCUUCAUCGUGGACAGGCUGAAAGAUAUGAUAAAGGUCAAGGGCAGUCAGGUAGCUCCAGCAGAAAUAGAGGCACAACUGCUACAGCAUCCGGCAAUCAUUGACGCGGCCGUGAUCGGUACAGCAGACGAGACUUCUGGGGAGGUUGCUCUGGCGUUUGUUGUCAGAUCUCCCAACUUGAUGGUCGAAGCUAGUGAGACCGAGUUGAGACGCAGUAUCAGCUCUCUCAUUGAAAGCAAUUUGAGCUCAAUACAUUGGUUGGGCGAUCGCAUCACAUUUAUCGAAAAGGUACCGAGGAGUCCGAGUGGGAAGAUUUUGAAAAAGGAGUUGCGCACUAUAUGUGCUUGAGGGUUGGCUAUGGCUUCUCCCGCUUCUCCAUGGCGAACGGGACAAGAGGAUUCAGUGGCACCUCAAGAAGUUGAAAAUGAAGCAACUUUCAUUUGAACUGCGUAUGUGGCUGGACCGGCACCACUCGUCCAGGCAAAUACGACGCGGUCACAGUUGUGAGUCCAAUGCAGCCCAAACUUGCAACAGCGCAGCGUAGAAACAGGUGCGUGUUUGGGCUCGUCACUGCAAUAAAGUUGACAAUAAUGAUUUCCGAUUCACUCAAAUCUAAAUACAAACAUAUCAGCUUAAUAGUCUUCUGAGGGAAGCCCAUUUUUCCAUAGAACGCGUCCCCUUGAACUUGAGGCAGUACCUCGUCUGGAGAGCACUAAGAUCUCAACCUCAUCCUCACCCAUCUCUGGCAAUUAUUCGGUUGGAUUUCCCCGACUUUAUCAGGGUCGGACGUCUGUAUAUACGUAUAACAA